AUGGCCAGCGCUGCGCCCAUACAGACCCGACCUUAUCGUUCGCACAAGGUGCCCGCCUGUACUAGAUGUCGAUCCCGCAAGAUUCGCUGCCAUAUAGACAUACCGGGCGAACCAUGUCUAUCGUGCCGCGAACGACGUUUGAAAUGUCAAUACGUCGACAGUUCGACUACCAGCUCCCCCUCAGAUGAAAACGGAGACCAUAGACCGCCCAAGAGGCGGCGACUCAGCAACCCUGAAGACGGUCCAUCGCGGCCUCGUUCAGCACCAAUCCUGCACAAAACUGCAAACAAUUCGUCUGCUUCUAUCAUGUUGGCUCCCCAUCAUGCUGAGGAUGUUGAUAUUUUCAAUCGCCAUAUCCUGCAGCAUCGCAAAGCCGGAGCCGAAACAUCCGAGCCCUCCAAAUAUCAAACACUCUUUCACGAUAUCAAGGACCCGGUUGUCUAUCUUACAGUUCCAAGAUUUCGGAAGGGUUUACCACCUAACAGCGGGUGCGGAAGGGAUCAGCUCGAAAUUGUUGAACAGAUCAUAGGACCUUUCAAACGUGAAGUCGUUGAGCUGUUCAUUAACAACAUACAUUUCAACUUCCCCGUCCUGGAUCAUGAAACAUACACCACGCUACGCAAUGGCGAUUUCGAAAAGUUACCAAACAGCUUGAUGUGCGUAAUUUACGAGAUUGGCUCGCCCAUGUGGGCCAAGUCUGAUACUCUCAAGAUGCAUUUUCGUCCAGAUAUUCACUAUAUUUCGAACAAAGGCAUUUCAGCCAUACUGGAGGACUUCUUGAGCCCUGGAAUACCAACCGUUCAGGCUGCCAUACUCGACCAAAUUGCACGUCCUUCAGUCUCUAUAGUCGGGAACAUCACACUUUGUGGAAAAACAAUCUCUUUGGCUCAAACGUUUGGGCUUCACAGAAACCCUUCAAAGUGGAAUAUCACAGACAAUGAGAAAGCAGUUAGGAUACGCCUAUGGUGGUGUUGUCUCAUAACCGACCAUUGGUCUAGCGUCGCUUACGGUGCACCUCCACACAUUUCCAAAGGUUACCACGACGUUCCCAGACCGACGGUCAACUCUCUCAUUACCGCGAAGGCAACUCCUCAGCAGAGGCAAGCAGUAACGUGUUUUCUUCACCUGUGUACCUUGACUGAGCUGCUCGGAGACAUUCAUCCUUUGGUCUAUCAAAUCGAGCCUGAUCGCGCACAACUCGCUCGGGAGAUUGAGCGUCUGAAGCGCGAACUAAACGACCUCGAAGCGCAAUUACCAGGGUGGCUAUCUUUACCCAGUCGGCCGGGAUCAAGCAAUCUCUGGCUCUGUUUCUUAUCUAUCCGGCUCAUUCUUGCUCGUCUGACCUUUCGCUCAGCGGUUCUGGACAGAGACCCAAAUCUGGGGCGCGACAGGGCUGAGCAACUGCGCAUUGCCUCGUCAUCAGUUCUUGAUUUCAUUCUUUCAUUGGGUGAACCCCAGUUUCAAGACUUCUGGUUGCCGUAUGCAACACAGCUGCUCGUGCACGCCGUCACGGUGUCCCUGCGCUGCACAGUCGAGACCCAAGAUCAUGGGAUACGAAAUACUUCAGUGUUGAGGCUCGAGCAAGUGAUGACUCACAUUCAAUAUGCUCGAGAUAAUUUCGAUUGGGAUAUUGCGAAUUAUUGUCUGGAGCGGUGCUCUGAUCCCGUAUCGAAGAUUGUGGCGCUCAACGCGAGAGAGUUGCAGCCAACUGAGUUGGAACCCUCUGCCGUGAUUCCCAACAGGAGCGGUAUGGACGUUCAGCCCCUACAAAGCAUUGACGAUACAACUUUCCUUCUCUCGGAUAUAUUAGACCCAAACGCGUUCGACUUUUCAUGGGAUGCAUUAUGGGAUACCCCGUCCGGCAUGACGAAUUUCUCCAUAUAA